AUGGGGCAGCAAUCGCUUAUAUACAGCUUCGUGGCGCGCGGCACGGUGAUCCUGGCGGAGCAUACGGACUUCGCCGGAAACUUUGUUGACAUAGCCUUGCAGUGUCUACAGAGGCUCCCAGCAUCUAACACCAAGUUCACCUACAACACCGAUGGCCACACUUUCAAUUACCUCGCCCAUGAUGGAUUCACUUAUUGUGUUGUGGUAGUGGAAUCUGUUGGUCGCCAUAUUGCAAUGGCCUUUCUUGAACGCAUCAAGGAGGAUUUUACCAAUAGAUAUGGAGGAGGAAAAGCUGCAACAGCCGCUGCUAAAAGCUUAAACAAAGAAUUUGGACCCAAGUUGAAGGAGCAUAUGCAGUAUUGUGUGGAUCAUCCAGAAGAGGUUAGCCAACUGGCGAAAGUGAAAGCUCAGGUUUCUGAAGUCCAAGAAGUUAUGAGGGCAAAUAUUGAUCAGGUUCUCAAUCGUCAAGUGAAGAUUGACGUUUUGGUUGAUCAAACUGAGAACCUUCGAAUACAGGCAGAUGAUUUCAGGGGGCAGGGAAACCAGAUAAGGAGAAAGAUGUGGUUUCAGAACAUGAAAAUAAAGCUAAUAAUUCUUGCCAUCAUAAUUGUCUUCAUUCUUAUAGUUGUUCUUUCUGCAUGUCAUGGCUUCAAUUGUGGUGGAUGA